GCUGAGAGAGGCCUAUAACAGGCAGUGGUUAGUUGCUAGGGCUCCAUUCCUAGCUCCCCAACCUCCCCUGCCUUCCAAGAGCCUGUGCUGUCGACCGACCGACCGACCGACCGACCACCUUUUCCUACCCAACUCUAGGUCCUUACUUGUAGUGCUCCCCUUUGUUGUGCUGCAUUGCACCUUGGCUCGCACCACAGCUACAGCUCAACUCAGAGCGGACAAAAAUGCAUCUGAUCAGGUAUUCAUGCACAAACACGGAGCCUCAGAAGUCAAGACGUGGCAUGGCAUCAAUAGCGCCAUUCAGAUGCCCAUGAUGGCUCUUGGCGAGACCAACUUCCUGCAAAUACAAUAAACUACUAACGUUAGAGUGCGUACUCUAUACAGAGUGGGAUACCUGGCGGGAUGGUACCGUCCAGUGUCUAUUGGAGGAGCCAUUGAGUUUAAUGGCUUAGCCUCCAGCUUACGACGAUUACUUACAGUGAAAACCAUAAAAGCCAACAUCAUCAGCUACACAGGGUGGUAACUGAAUUAUUAGCCUCGAAUGAGAAUUCAAGGUACCGAACUUUGGGGCAAGCGGUUGCAACUCUGCAGCUAUUAUUCUCCCCCAUUGGGCCACAAAGCUCCUGUAUCCUCGCAAAUGGUAAGCAACAGAUGCAGAUGCAGAUGUACUGUAUGUAGAGAGCCCGUAUGCAUGUCGUGGCCGUCACUGCAGCAGUAGCCGGGAAGGAAGAGGAAACGACGCGUCAUGACCUGGUGAUCCGGUGUGUCUCGAUACUCUCCGAGUAUGGCCUAGGGAGGGCCUCUCUACCCAAGGUAGGCUCUCUCGUCUUCAAAGGUGCUGCUUGAGAUCUGAUACAAACAGUUUCGGCAGUCAUAGAGGCUCCAUGUUGUAAUGUUGAAGUUGUACGCGUAUGCAAUCGCCUCCAACUGGCCCUAGUCUGUGUAUCAAUUGUUCAUCUAUACCAAUAUCGGUGUGGUGUUGAGCACCAAAUCGUUCCUUUGGUUGGUCUUCAUAAUGGAGCCGGCGAAUACGGAAGCUGCGACGAAGCCGAUUCCUACCAACUUAAACACGAACAUCCCAUCCCGACCGAUGGGAAGGUGCCCUACUAUCAGACCUUAGAAGCAUAUCACCUCACUUAAAGACCUCUUGGCCUCUACGUAGUUUCCCCUCAUUCUUCCUAAAAAGCUUCCUCACUCUUCACCAAGCAAAGUCCUCGCAUCCUCACUCUCGCUUCUCUGCCUGCUCUUGGUUGUCUUUCGUUUACUGGCUUUGCGCUGAAGCUAUUAUCGAUUCGAACCCAUAUACAGGGGCAGAUUGCCAUUCAAUAACCUAUCAAGAACCUACCUACCUACCUAGACAUCUCACCUGCGCAUUCAUGAGUAAUCGAUCAACGAGCAGGAUCCCACUGUAAAUCAACGCUUCCUCCUACGACUUCGACUGCACAUCGGCUAUCCCCAGAUUUCCAACAAACUGCAUCUGGCUUCGCGGUAUUAGCUCGAUAUCCAGUCGAAUCCCCAGGCCGGCUUAAACAACAAUCUUCACUGCCCCCGGCCUCUGGGAAAUUUCCAACUCCGUUCCGUCACCUUUUUAGUGACUCGACAACACGCGAGGCCCACUAUCGACUGGACCCCUGUCCAUCAAAAGCGAGCACUAUUAAGAGUCUCAGCAGCAAGCCACUCCGGGCGAUUCUUCCGAUCAGUUUCAACGUGGCACGGCUCAUUCCCCCCUGAACUUCACGCCAGCCGACACUAGAAAUUUUCUAAUUAAUAGUGACGUCAAGAACGCAGAAGGAAAAAGGAAACCAAACAAGUAGUCUGCCAGGCCCAACGCAAGCACUUACGAAGCACUGGACUUGUUCGAAGAUCCCUUCUCCGACGGAUACCCCAGCAAAGUGAUAAAAAAAGAUCAAUCAAAGACGAAAGGGGAUAAGCUCCAUACUCAGGCACUGCCAAAGAAACAACAAGCAGACCAAAAAAGCGGCAGUCACUUUACGAGGAUCAGCCCCCAGCAGGCAUUAGCAUCAAAACGCACCCGGCGCCGCUCUAGCUUGCAUUCGAACACGGCCUGAUAAAGAAAAUAGCGAUUCGCUUUCCCACAUCCCGGUCAAAUUUUAUUGGACUGUUUCACGGCCAGUGACAAGGGCAAGAACUCAGUGCCUUUCUACGGAUAUUCAUCGCAUCGUUCUCUUGCGCUGCUGUCCGGUUGUUCAAAAUUAAAGUACCAGUCCAGGCCAAGACCACAGCACCAACGAAUGAUCACAUCGUCCCGCGUACGGAGUCAGAGACACCCGCAGUCACCAGCGACACAUCACACCUCUCACCUCACUUUGGCGUGCAGAGCACGGUAUCAUCGCCUUGUCUCCUUAGCCACUCGUUCUUCAUAAAUCCUGUCGUACCUGGCUCUUCUCUUGCAGUGCAGGCGCCCGCCCACGAGCCAUCCCCACCCCUUCACUAAGUACCUAUCUACUGGGAUCUUUUCUGAUACGAUACGUACCCCCAAACUCCGACGCAACCGGGCCACACUAUUGCUCGAAAGCCCAGCCUCUCAUCACAGCCUUUUACGCCAGCAACUCUUAAUAAAUCUCCACUCCCAAUAUAUUCGUCCCUGGAUCCACGAUAAUUCCUGCUCUUCCUUGCUAGUAGCCGUUUGGUCUGGUUUCGGUCUUUUCUCCCCGACCCCGUUGCUCCUUGCAAUCUCCAGUUUCUUAUCCACAAUCCCCAUCGCAUCGGUCGAUUGCCUGCAACUCUCCACCCGCCUUAUCACGCUGAGCCUCUAAUCGCCAAGCCAGGGCCUUUCUGAGAUCCAUUGCGGCCAAGCACCAUAUCAAAUAAAACAGUCGUCCCCCCAAGCGCCGUGACUAUGGCUACCUCCACUGAACAAUAUCGCCAAUAUCCGCCGCCGCCGUCGAAUUAUCCGGUGCAGGAUCAUCAACAGCAGCAAUAUCAACAGACUGCCCCUGUCUCGCCGCGCAAAGGUUCGCAGAAUCCGCCAGCGCACAACCGAACCUUCAGCUUUCAUUCUCAAAAGUCGCAUAAGAGUUCUGGUAGCAAGGACUUGCAAGAAACCCACGCCGAGAAGGAAGCGAAGCGUUUACAUAGCAAAGCGGAUCCUACGUUAGCCAUAAGCGAAGCAGAGCCAUCUGCCAUCGCUGCGAUGAUGACCGAGUCGAGUUUUGCCCCUCUGCGGUCCAUGCAACACAAGGAUGCCUUCGGCAACUCUAUCGCGGAUCCCGACAAAUCGAACCCGACUCGAAACAGAUGGGAGCGCCCAUUAGACACUAUUCGUAGUUUCGAGGCCGCAAUCGAUGGUGGUUACUCACGCAAGUCUCUCUAUCGAGCGGAAACGGACUCACAAGCCAACUGGAACAGGCGGAAUAGUUCUUAUAACAGUCAACCUCGCUUCCCUCGCGACAACUACUACAACAAUCGCCCCGUUUCCUUUAGACCGGAAAACCAGUUUGAGAAUGGCUCUACCCGAAGCAACUAUUUCGAUGGGCAAGCUUAUAGCAAUGGCAUUGGCACUGGUCCAUCUCGGCAACGGAUGUCUAGAAUGCAAUCAGAGCCACAGUACCAGAGCGGCCACGAUCAGAAUAUCUAUCCUCUCCCCCACAAGGACCGAUCAUACGAGACGGUGACUUCUGCUGCGGGUAGUGGCAAUUCGGAUCACGCAGGGUAUCAGACAGACCCUACGAGCAGCGACAACAGCUCAAUCGAUCGGACGAUGCCGGCUAAGCGCCGCGAGCCAUUCAAUGAGUAUGCGUCCGGCUCAUAUCAGCCUCAGCAGCCAUACCAGUCACGCCCUUGGCCAGCAUCUGGUUCUGGGGUGAACAAUGAGGGACAACCUCAAGCACCACCACCUUCACAUUCACAACCUCCUAUGACACAGGGUCAGGCCUCGGUUCCACCGCAGAAACAGAAGAAUACCCUUUUAAGGAGGACAUCAACUCAACAGUCAACACACCAACCUCAACAAGCAGCUGGCGGAGACAAGCGCAAGAGUUGGUUUUCUCGUAGGUUCAGCAAAAACUCUUGAAGAACCGACGGCUCAGGAAUGACUAUCAACGUUUGAAACGCACACGAAACAAGCUUUAUUAUGCAACUACUUUCAUUUGUCGAUACCCGUUUUCUUUGAUAUUCAACGUCGAAUGGCACGAUCGAACAGUACUUGAAGCGCCUGUACUAUUCAACGGAUUUUGCGAUGGACCCCUGGAGUAUGCUGUCAUACCUCGUGAUUCGUCCCUCUUGUAGGGCAGAGCAGCAGAUACUGUUUAACUUGGGUCAGAUUGGUUUACAGUUGUGACGAUACGGUUUGUUUUUCCCUGUGGAAUAAGGCGAAGCACGAGUUUUGUUACGGGAUGGUACAUUAGCAAACGCAACUGUACGAGGCGUUGGCAGGUUAGGCCUUGUGUAGCCAACCCUUUUGAGGGUAUCCUUGAGGAGCAGGGCAGAGGAUGGAUCUACCACCACGAUCAUCAUUAAUUAUACUCACAAUCAAGACGUACAUAGCAUAUACACGUGGCUGUAGAGGUCAUCCAGACAUGAUGGUCGGCCCAAGGUAGCGAGGCAUGGUUAUGAAGAUGACGUGAGAAAAUAAUUGAGACGGUUACCCCUGAGACUCUCGUCUGGCCGGAUAGAAAUUUAUGAAAGAGUGAAUCAACUUUUAUUGAUGACGGUGCGUCUACUUGUCCUUCUUGCUCUCUGGCUUUUGUUUGUCCGACUGGUCCUCUUUCAUAGCUACGAUAAUGUAUCCCACCAGGACGACAUUGGCCAAGACAGCAGCUAAACCACCAGCAAGAGAAGAGUUUCCUGUUUGUGAUUAGUCUCGAUGAUGACACGUCCGGGUGAAAAGAUAUACCACGAAAGACGGUAUUAACAGUGAGGAAAUAGGAACCAAUGGGGACCACGAUCAUGGCGAAAGUGAAUGCUAGAAGCUUGUAGAUGACUUGGCUGUCAAAAUUAUCAGUGAAGAUCGAUGUGCUCGACGUAGUGUAGUGCAGUGAACAAGAUGAGAUAGGUGGCAAUAAUGGCGGU